AUGCUCAGUCGCAAUGCAUGUGCCUCCUCGUCGCGCAAGCUUGUGAAUCAAGCAUUCAUUCUUGCUCGCCGUCAACCACAGCGACGGGUCUCACAAUCAUCUCUCACACAUGACCAAGUAACAUCCCCCCACUUCAACGCCGACCUCGCCUCGCGGGACCGUUCCGGCUUCUCAGAUCUUGGUUUACGCUCCAGCAAACCUCCAGAUUCCAUCGAUUCGGACCCAAAAACCCCUUCCGAAAUAUCAGACCAAGACUGGGAACUUCGCACAGGACGCGCUAUUUAUGUAUUACAACAAACGUUGCCCGAUUUCUUCGCCACGGGACUCAUCACCUCCAUCGACAAAAGAACAGGCGCACCGGUACCUCCAUCCACCAGCAUCCCGAUCGCCAGCGCCAAUCCCCUCGAUUACCUCCCCUUCGACGACGACGCAGAGUCCAUAUACAGUCCAUUCGUUCAGUCGUCCUAUACACCCCCCGUCCCGCUCCCAGCUCCAUUCCCCAAGGUGCUCCAUGUAGAAGGCCUUCAGCUGUACCUCGCCUGUUCGGGGUUCGUGCGACAUACGAUGAACGCGCUAUACUCGGACCUUUCGGUCACGUUGACAAAAGUCGCUGUGAACGCGCCCUCACCACCGACGACGAAAUCGCUAGGAGGGUCAGCUGAGAUAGGGACGACGAAGAAGAAGGGUAGGGAGAAGAGUCUUCUCGUGCGGCAGAACGUUACAGGGAUCGCUAGGGUCAGUGGAAAGCCUGGGGAAUGGAUGGUGGAAUCAAUGUACAUUUUUUCGCCAUCAACGGGCCUCAUACAUAAACACGUCAUCAACUCGAUCCACCCUGCGCCUCAUGUGGCCGUGUAUGAGUCCCUGAGGGCGAGCAUGGGCAAGCUGCUUGGGUUGGGUGGGGGUAGUGCGCCCAGUCCGAACGGGGCUGCUUGUAAGGGUGCGGGGAAGGUUUAA